AUGCCCAAAGUGGUAUUCAAAUACUUCAGUAUAAAAGGACUGGGUGAGGGAGGUCGCAUGCUGCUGGCCUAUGGUCGCGUGGAGUUUGAAGACCAUCGUGUUACAGAGGAAGAGUGGCCUGAUUUAAAAACACAAACACCUUUUGGCCAACUACCUGUGUUGGAAAUAGAUGGCAAGCAGUACGCGCAGAGUUUAGCUAUAUAUCGUUACUUGGGCCGUAAGUUUGGACUUGCUGGUGAGGAUUUGGAAGAGGACUUCCAAAUAGACCAAGUCCUUGAUUUCUUUUAUGACAUUCGCUUGAAGGCUGCUGAGGUAUUUCACGAAACCGAUAAGGAGCUACAGGCAAAAAUGCAAGAUGACUUGAUUAAGAAUUACUAUCCAAUCGUGCUGAAGAAGCUAGAUGACAUAAUCAUUGAGAACAAUGGACAUCUUGCUGUCGGAAAGUUAACUUGGGCCGAUUUUUUAUUUGCUGGCAUGUACGACUGCUUCAAAAUGGUUCUAGGAAUACCCGACCUGGACGAGAAAUACCCGAGCUUCAAGAAACUUCACCAUACGGUAGUGUCACUGCCCGGAUUCGAGGAGUACUGUAAAAAUGCGCCUAUGUGUGAAUUUUAA